ACCUAAAGCCUCAAACGUCAUGGCAAUUACAUAAAAUCUCGCUUUGGUUCUUGAAUUUACUGGUCGUCGAAAUCUCCGAUCGCCAGGUAUUUUUUUGGUAGGACAGAAGUAAAGCGUUAACGACUGCUUGGAUGUUUUUUGCUAACUUCCUUGCUAGAUUAUGGGGGACGCGGCGGUAGCGAAGCGGCGGGAGCAGCUGACGCGGUGGUCGGGCUCCAGUACGGACAAAGAGCCGGCGGUGCCGCGGAGUCGCUGGAGAGGAGAGACGAGCACCAGAGCUCCUGAUGGAGGCAGACCAGACACCAAUGAGCGGCAGAAAAAAAACAGGUGGCGGGUAACAUUUGAGAAAACUGCAGAGUUCCUAGCAGUGUGUGCUAGCGGCGACACGGAGGAGGCCAAAGCGAUGCUGAGAGAAGUGUUAUUAAAUGGAGAGGAUGAUGUGGUGAACUGUGCCAAUGCAGAUGGAAUAACAGCUUUACACCAGGCCUGUAUUGAUGGCAGUAUGGAGAUGGUAGAUUUUCUUCUGUCUCAUGGUGCCAAUGUUAACCAGGUGGACAGUGAGGGUUGGACUCCUCUUCACGUGGCUGCGUCCUGUGGAAACCUGGAGAUAGCAGAAUUUCUGCUCCAGCAUGGGGCAUCACUCUGCUCAGUGAACUGUGAUGGUGACGUACCCCUGGACAUUGCAAAAGAUGAAGACACACAGAUGCUGCUGCAGAAGCACAUAUUAACACAAGGCAUGGAUUUGGAAGCAGCGAAGCGGGCAGAAGAGGAAUGGAUCAUGCAUGAUGCCCGACACUGGCUCACAGAUGGACUUCCUGCUAAUUUAUGCCAACCCCGAACUGGUGCAACUCCCUUACAUGUAGCUGCAGCAAAAGGAUAUUUGGAGGCCAUUAAAUUGUUGUGUCAGUGUGGUCUGGAUGUCAGUGCCAAAGACUGUGAUGGCUGGACUCCUCUCCAUGCUGCAGCUCAUUGGGGUCAAAGUGAUGCCUGUCGUUUGCUUGCUGAGCAGCUGUGUGACAUGGAGGCCCAUAGUAAUAGGGGUCAGAGUCCAUUUGAUGUGGCAGAUGAGAGUGUUGCGUCUUUACUGGAAGAGCUGUCUAAAAGACAGGCUAAUUGGAGGACUGAACAACAAAAUUCACAGACCUCAAAUGUCAAUCCUGCGAACAAGAAACGCAGGAGCUCAGUGUGCCGGAUGAGCAGCAGGGAUAAAAUAAGCGUACAGGACCAGUCUAAAGAACGAGGGGUUUCAGGAGAACUGGAACUCAGUGAUGAGAGAGAAAGCAGCCCAGAAAGCUCAACAGUGUCAUCUCCAGAGAGCAUUGCUCCAUCUUCUGGGACCACUGAGGAGAAAGAAGUCAAGGCGAAUGAUCAAGACAGAGCGAGUCGCACAGCAGUUGUUCCUCCCACCCCUCAGAAGCGAGAAUCACCAGCAGAGAGCCCCAGUAACACCUCUGGCGACGGAAGGAAGUAUCAGGCUCCAGUGAGAGAUGAGGAGUCCGAGUUUCAGAGGAAAGCACGUUCACGUCUCAUGCGGCAGUCACGACGAUCAACUCAGGGAGUAACGUUGACAGAUCUUAAGGAAGCAGAACGGAGUAUUGUGAAGGGCAAUGAACCUCAGCAUGUCAGUGUUCAGCCUGUAAGCCCCAACAUCACCGUGACACCAGCUGAGAGAGACACUGAUCCUGACAGGGAAUCUUUAGAGGCACAAACAAAACUAGGAGGAAGAGAUCGCAGAAAAGGGAGGAAAGAGAGACGCUCGACUGGUGUUGUUCAACUUACUGAAGAGAAUGAUGAUAUGGAUGCAAAUGAAGAUGCAGAACAAGACAACAAUACAAGGGAUCACCAGUUAGACGAUUCCAGACAUUCUUCACUGGAUUAUACAAAGUUGUAUCUCCAGGUGUUGCAAGAGAAUGGAAAUCUAAAGGAGAAGCUUCAGGAAACUCAGAUUCAGCUAAAUGAGAGUAAAGUUCAGUUGGAAAAACUCAAACAGAAUCAAGAGAAUGGAUCAGACAGACCAGCCUUACUGGAGCUGGAGAGAUAUGAAAAGAAACUUCUUCAGCGGAGAGCAUUUGAGUUAGAAGAUGAACUCAAAGUGCUCGUGGAUUUGCGUGCUGAUAACCAGAGACUGAAGGAUGAAAAUGCAGCUCUCAUUCGUGUCAUUAGUAAGCUGUCUAAAUGAACCUCUGGGUUCCUUACAUUGUUUUCCUGAAUUCCUUGGGAACGUUCCUCUCACACUGCUCGCCCAAAGAACUGCACAGCGUUUUGCUCUCCAUCUAUGAUCUCUGGGACAUAUGCCUCUGACUGGGGUAGAUAAAACUACUGUUCUUCAUAUGGAUAUGUACAUAUUAGAAGGCCUUGUUUAGUUUCCAAUCUAGACGAAAACUGGAAUUUUUAACGACUUUAGAACUAUCUGCUGUUCAUAUGUUUUAGAUUAUGGCGUUCAGAUCUUAUUCAUGGUGCACUUGUGUCAUUUUUAAUGUUAUUGACUUAUUUUGUGCAAUGCGCUUGCUGCUUUUUAUAGUUUUAAUGUUUCUUAAAAUUCUGCAGGCUAGCCAUCUCACUAAAGUAGUUCAUUAUUGUGUCUUUAUUACACUGGGCUGCACUGAUGACAGUGUUAUUGAUCAUUUGAAGUUUCAGUUCAGGUUUACUGUUCAGUUUCACUUAAAGAGACAACCAUUAUUGCAAGAGCUUUGCCUUUCAGCAGGUAGAAAUCUGCAAAGAUAGAUGCAUAAGAAUUGUAGGAUAUAUAGAAUUUAGAAUAGGAUAUUGUUCAUUAACAACAAUAUAAUAUUACAGAUCAUAGAUCUGUAAUGUUAGCAGAUCAGAUUCAUGUACAUUAAAAUUGAAUUGGAAUUUUAAUUCAUAUAUUUUCAUAUACAUUUAUAUUUGAAUGUACAUACAUUUCUGAUCUGUUAAGCAUUAUUUAAUAUGUUAAACGCCUAUUGCUGAAAUUGCAGUGUUACCAAACUAAGAAAUGUUUAAAUUGAGCUUUUUAAUGCCAUGGCGUUGUCAAUUGGGCAAUGCUAUUAUUAUUUUAGCUUAAAAUGCUUUUAAUAUUUCUUAUUACGUUAGGUAAAUAAUAACAAAAAAGAAAUGUGCCAAACAGUAACGACAUUGCUCAGGGGUCUCUUUUUAUUGAGACAGUAGAAGGUUUAUAGUAGUGUGUCUUUUUCUCAGUAUGUAUCUGAAUUAACACUGUACUUUAGCUGACUACUGUUCUUUGGACCAAACAGGCAUUAGAAUUGAUCUUUUUCUUUGUUGUUGCAUAUUUAUGAAUAUAUUAUAUAUGGUGAAUUUUGAUGCUCUUGUGUUCUGCCAGUGCUGUAAUUUUUUUCUUUUCUUUUUUUUAUUAUUAGUAAGAGACACAAAUGUGUUUUGUACUGUGACUGUGAGUUUUGUCCUAAACCAAACUGGCACCAUAGGUCAAAGCUUUUUAAAGUUUACCACUGUUUAUUUGUUUUUUUUCUCCUACAAUCUUUGCUUUCAGAAUUUAAGCAUUUGUUCAUCCAGCAAGUGUAUUUUGCCAAAAAUGUGCCUUUCUAUAUAUAUAUAUAGAAGUCAUCUCUGUCGCUUUAAAAAAAACAAAUGAGUAGGUUGCACUCUCUGACCAAUAAAGAUCAAUGCAAGUGGUUGCAUAACAGCCAAUAAAGUAAUCCAUUGCUUUUAUCUCUCGCGUAAAUAAAAGGCUUGCUAGACGUUAUUUGCAGGGGUUUGCUUUCCUAUUAGUGGCAGUGGUAUAAAAAUGAAAUGAGAUUUUAGUACUAAACAAAUGUGUGGUUCCUUGUUAAGAAUAAGUUAAGAAUAUAAUUCCUUACGUUUUACAUGGCAGGACUUUUAGGACUUUUGUUCUAAAAAUUUUAAAUGUGGCAAAUGGUGUUGCUGUUAUUUUAUAUUUGUAUCUUGAAUGUGAAAUAUUGUUAUUGUAAAGAAAUUAGUGGCUAUAUGAAACAAUAACUUCCUAAGACAAUUCACAUGUUCUCCAGUUCCAAUUGUAUUGGAAUAGUUUGUAUACAUUUUCUCUGAAAAGAAAGCUAUAAAAAUAAUAUGAAUUAUAUUACAUAAAUAUUUUAAAUGUAUCCCAUCUAUUGUCCUGACAGUACAUUUUGGGUAACUUCCAGUCUGAAGAGAGAUUUCCUUCUGUAUGUCCUACUCAAUUUUGAGAGAGAAAUGUGGCUCAUUAUGUGGCCAGUUUAGAACUUGUUGACAUCAUAUUUUCCUCUUUAUCUUCACUUGAUAGAAUAUUAACAUAUGUGUAGUACCAAUCAUCCAUUAGCUGUGCUUAGGAUCGCAAUCUCUUAUUUAUUUCUAUUAAUGUUGUUGCUAAUAAUAUAUAUUUUGUAAUAAAGUUUUUUUUUGUUUGUUUGUUUGGAAAAA